CGUUCCUUCUCGGCAUUCUACGCCCGCUCCUUUGAGCGCAGACCUUGGCUGACCCUCGCUGUUGCAAACGGCUCGUUAGGCGCUCUAGCGGACGUGCUUGCACAACGAUUUGAAAUAUACAACGAACGCAACGCUGGCAGAGGCAAUGGUGGUGCGAAUAGCAACAGCAGCAGCAAGAAUGAAAGCACAGGCGGGCGAAUAGACACCAGACCAGAUGGGAAAACACGAUCAAGCGAGCAGCAACAAGCGGUGUACGAUCCGAUUCGCUCGGUGCGGUUCUUUGCAUUCAACGUGACCAUGGUGCCGCUGCUGGACAAAUGGAACAAAUUCAUUGAAUACCGCUUCCCGCUGUACCCUGCCGGUGUCUCCACAGCGGGCAAGGCAAGCAUGGUCGCGCUCGCCAAGAGGGUUGCUGUUGAUCAGCUGGGAUUUGCUCCUUUCGGUUUGUUCAUGUUUGUCAGCGUCAUGGGCACAUUUGAAGGCCGAGAUAUAGAAGGUGUCAAGCAAAAAUUUAAAGAUAUGUACUUCCCAGCUCUGCUGGCCAAUUGGCAGGUAUGGCCACUAGUGCAAGCAGUUAACUUUCGUUUCAUGCCUUUGCGAUACCGUGUACCGUUCACAUCAUCCAUUGGGGUACUCUGGACCAUUUACCUUUCCCUUCUCAAUAUGUCA